AUGAUCCAACAGGUGGCUUCCCCUGUCUAUUCUAGUUUCUGGUGCCUCUUGCCAUCAAUGGCGAAGGGCGACCCCUUUCCUAGUAGGAAAGACCCGCCCCACGGUGCCCACAGCCCCUUUACCCUGCUUGCGUUCGCCGCAAGUUGCGCCGCGUUCACCGGGCUGCAGGACGUGUUUCUGGCGGCGUGGCUGCAGCAGUUGCUGACGCUCCGCUUCUUCUCCGCGGCGCGCGUGGGCGACCGGCCGUGGCGGGACGUCGUCGCACUUACCGUCGUCGUUAUCGCAACGCAGGCAUGCGGCACGACAGUGGCGUACGGGAACUAUGCGUUGAGCUUGGCGGCCAACGUCCUCGCCUCCUGCCAUGUCGCAUUGGCCAACGUGCUGCCAUGCCUCGCGGACUCGCUCUUCCGCUUCACCUACAGGCGCUCACCACACCUGCAUCCGCUCGUCUUCCCCCUCGUCUCCGCCUCUAUCUGGAGCUUCCUCUCGCUGCUCUCCCCCUUUGGCGCCUUAGCCCACCCGUUCUACUCGCUGUGCUCCCUGCUGCCGCUCGUGCAAGCCACGUCAUUUGUGGGCAUGGAUGGUGUCCUGCUGCUGGUAGACUGGCUGGUGGCGGGUAUUCACCAGAUGAUGUGUGAGGGGGAUGCGGCGGGGAUGGGCGAGGAAGGGUGGAGCCGGGGUCGGAGAGGGGGUGGGAUCGGGGGUGAGGUUGGGGAGGAGGGGGGGGGAAGAGGGGAAGAGCAUAUGAGGUGUCCUGGGGAGGGGGAGAGGGAGAAGGGUAGCAGUCAAGUGUUUGGUGAGGCCUGUAACGGUGUUAGUGCACAGACGCAGCAGAGAGCGAGUGCAGGCGACGCGUUGAUCCUGUGGUCAGAGACACCUAUCAUUCUGCUGUACGACCACGAGGAGGACAAGCUCCUGGCUGACCUCUCUGCCAUCGCCAUCGCUGCCAGGGCCAACCGCACUGCCGCCGCUGCUGGGGACGCUGCAGCUCCACCAGUCCUUGGGCCAUACCUGGGCGUUUCAUACAUAAAGCUCAUCACCUUCGUCCCGGAGACUUUCAUCAACACAUUCGUCCUCAUCGACCCCAGCGGCGCCUCCAUCCUGCGCUACAACAAGUCGCACCUCUUUCCCUCUGUGGAGGCGGACGUCCUGCCGGGCUCUGGUUCCCUGCCCGUGGUGGACACGGAACUUGGGAGAAUGUCCGUGGCCGUCUGCCUUGACAUGCAGUUCCCUGCACUCAUCCGCCAGGCCGGCAGACAAGGGUGUGUAAAGCCCUGCCUUGGAAGGGCUAGCUUCUGGGACGCUCUCAAUGCACCUGCCCCGCCUGCCCCAUGCCCCAGCGCUCUACCCCUUCAUUGGCCUACCCAUCUCCCUCCUCCUCUUCUCCCUCACCCUCCUUGCAUCAUUUUUUGCCAUUUGCCCCACCCUUUCGAAAUUCCUUCUCGUCACCCCACGCUGCUCGUCGCUGCCUCACCCUCUCUGCUUGACUGGGCAGCAGGGGGAGGGGAAGAGUGA